GGUGGGUGUGUCCGCUUCCCCUCUGGCUGCGCGCGCCCCGGAUCCUUUCCCCCGCGCCCAUGGCACGGGGCCAGGCGGGGGCCGCGCUGCUGGCCCGCUGAGCCGUGCGCCCGGGCGCGCCCCUCGUUCCCUCUCCAUGGCCAGCGGCCCCUCCAAAGCUGCAGCCUCCCUUUUCAAGCGCACCUUGGCCCUUUCCCCGCCCCGUGCUGGAGGAGCAGCAGGAGGAUCGGGGCCGGGAGGCGGUGGCGGCUGCAGCAGCUGCUGCUGGGCCGGGAGCCGGGUGCGCUCGGCGUCCGGCCCGCACCGCCUCCAGCAGCCCCAGGCUCCGCCGCCGCUGGCUUCCCGGGGGACCCGUUUCCUGAGCGCGCCGCCGCCCUCUGUGCUCUUGUUGCAGGACUCGCUCAGCGACAACCUCCGCCGCUGCUACCAGUAUUUGAACCAGACCAGCCGGAGCUUCGCCGCCGUCAUCCAAGCCCUCGACGGGGAGCUGCGCCAUGCCGUGUGCAUCUUAUACCUGGUGCUCCGAGCCCUGGACACCAUUGAGGACGACAUGACAAUCGACCUGGAAACCAAGGUCCCCAUGCUCCACAACUUCCAUUCCUACCUGUAUCAGCCAGACUGGAAAUACAUGGACAGCAAUGAGAAGGACAAGGUAGUUUUGGAAGACUUCCCAACGAUCUCCUCGGAGUUCCGCAACCUGGAAAAGAUCUACCGGGAUGUGAUUGCUGACAUCUGCCACAAGAUGGGUCUGGGGAUGGCUGAGUUCUUGGAGAAGAAGGUGGAUUCUGAGAAGGAGUGGGACCAGUAUUGCCAUUACGUCGCUGGCCUGGUGGGCAUUGGCCUUUCCCAGCUCUUUUCUGCGUCGAAGCUGGAAGACCCCAUCGUUGGGCAGGACACAGAGCUGGCCAACUCCCUGGGGGUUUUCCUGCAGAAAGUCAACAUCAUCCGGGACUACUUGGAGGAUGAGCUCGAAGGCCGGGAGUUUUGGCCCAAAGAGGUUUGGAGCAAGUACGUGAAGAAGCUGUCUGACCUGACCAAGCCGGAGAACAUCGACAAGGCCGUUCAGUGCAUGAACGAGCUCAUCACCAAUGCCUUGCACCACGUUCCUGACGUCUUGACAUAUUUGUCUCGCCUGAAGAACCAGAGCGUCUUCAACUUCUGCGCUAUUCCGCAGGUGAUGGCCAUCGCCACGUUGGCUGCCUGCUACAACAACCAGCAAGUCUUCCGUGGAGUGGUGAAGAUUCGGAAGGGGCAAGCCGUCACUCUGAUGAUGGAUGCGACAAACAUGCAGGCUAUUAAAGCCAUCAUGUACCAGUAUGUGGAAGAGAUCCAGCAGAAGAUCCCAAGUACAGAUCCUUCCUCCAGCAAGAUACAACAGAUCAUUGCCUCUGUCCGAUCCGUUAGCCUACCCAGCGGUGCCCUGGUCUCCCGGACCCAUUACUCUCCCAUCUACCUGUCCUGCGUGAUGCUCUUAGCUGCGUUGAGCUGGCAGUACCUGAGCACCGUCUCAAAAGCCGCAGAGGAAUACGUCCAUACAGGCGAGAACUGAGAGCAGACUUCCAAGGAUGGCACGCCCUUCGCAGCGGGAGGGAAUAUGCUGCUGUUUCUUGCCCUUUUGGAAAGGGAGAACUCAUAGAUGUCCCAGGACUGUUGGAGGAGGGCUUGGCAUCUUGCAAGCUAAAGUUGGAGCCAGAAGAUUUCACCUAGAAAGCAAUUAUUUGCUAGCUUUGAAGCGUCUAACAAAUUGCAGUUUCCAGGCCUCUUAAUUUUUUCCUUCCUCUUUUGGAUGAACUGGUCUGUCUUAAUAUAUUUUUCCUUCCAUUUCUUUCCCGCAGACCCGUUUGGAUCUGCGUCUUUUUUUGUGUUUUUGACAUAGAGUGUUUUUUAACUAGCGUGUUUGAAGGUGCCUCUUUGUUGUUUGUGAAUUUUGACAGUAAAAAGGG